AUGAGCAAAGCCAUCGUGCUCCUUCUUCUUCUUCUCUUGGCCGUCAGCUUCUUUGCGAUUGACGCCGAGAAGCUAUCCCGAGAUGAGAACGCGAAACGAAUCGCCAGCUGUGGAGUUCUGCCCAAGACAUCGCAACGGAAGAUUGUCGAGGGAAUGUACAGAACGGUCAAGAUUCCGUGGGCGCUCGAAAUCCGCUACGUACCACACGACUGGAUGUUGAGCGGAACCCUCAUCUCCUCGCGUCACGCCGUCAUCCACGAGCUGGCCGUCUUCAAAGAUUGGAAAUGGCUGAAUCUGCGCGACGGGAAACCGAUGAAACCAGCGGACGAGUGUCGGAACGGCGAGAUGGACGUGACGACGGUCGGACUGUUUUCUCGUGUCCAUUACAUGAUGAACGGGCAGCGGCGGAGAUCGAAAGUGGUGAAGGCGACGUACUUUGGACAUUGUGACCCCACGAAAGAUCCAUGGGGCAUCGUGCUCGUCGAGUUUGCUUCGAAUGUGCCGAUGACUCCAGUCUGCACGCCGACCGAAGAAUCGCUUCUCUACGAUGAUCAGCUGGAGCCGGGAAGUGUGCUCCGAUCGCAUGGACCCAUUGCAUGGAGUGAGAACAGACAACAGGCGAAAGUUACGGUAAGAUAAUUGUCAAGCUUCUGGUAAAAGUUUUCACCUGCGUAUCAGAGUUGAGCGGAAGAACCUAACUGAAGAACACGGAAGAAUUUUUAUCUUUUUUAGAAAAUUUUUUCAAGAAAUGUGAUCAACUGACGAAAUGUAUAGCAAAGUGAACUGUGCUCAUAGAAAAAUAAUUGUAAAUUUAGCUUAUCAUACAAAAAAGUUAUUCGAGUUGUGAAAAAAGGAGGGCUAACGGACGGCGGAAGGAAUAACUUUUUUGUAUGAAAAGUUAAAUUUACAAUUUUUUUUCUAUGAGCAGAGGUCACUUUGCUAUACAUUUCGUCAGUUGAUCACAUUCCAUCAAAAAAUUUUCUAAAAAAGAUAAAAAUUCUUCCGUUGAGUUCUUCCGCGCAACUCUGCUGCGUAUGAUUAUCGUUUAGGUGGGCAUUUGCGAGCAUCCGGAUGAAAUUUGCACGAGCGGAGGUCGCACUUUGCCUGAUUACGGAGGUCCGUUGACCGGAGUCACUCCUGACGGACGAGUCGCCGCGUUCGGCAUCCACAUGACUGCUUGGAGCGACAAAACGACGCCGUCGAGACACAUGGCCCUCUGGAAUUACAUGCCGCGCAUCUGCAAACACUCGGGAGUCUGCUCCGCUUGA